CAGCAGCAGCAGCAGCAGCAGCAGCAGCAGCAGCAGCAGCAGCAGCAGCAGCAGCAGCAGCAGCAGCAGCAGCAGCAGCAGCAGCAGCAGCAGCAGCAGCAGCAGCAGCAGCAGCAGCAGCAGCAGCAGCAGCAGCAGCAGCAGCAGCAGCAGCAGCAGCAGCAGCAGCAGCAGCAGCAGCAGCAGCAGCAGCAGCAGCAGCAGCAGCAGCAGCAGCAGCAGCAGCAGCAGCAGCAGCAGCAGCAGCAGCAGCAGCAGCAGCAGCAGCAGCAGCAGCAGCAGCAGCAGCAGCAGCAGCAGCAGCAGCAGCAGCAGCAGCAGCAGCAGCAGCAGCAGCAGCAGCAGCAGCAGCAGCAGCAGCAGCAGCAGCAGCAGCAGCAGCAGCAGCGCGCCGUGCGGGGCGCGCACCGCAGAGCACUCCAGUUCAAGUGGAAGAGGUCACCGCGGACAAUCCCGAUGAUGCGCGCCGAGCGAACCCAGGGGGAGUCUUGGCGGCGCCUCGCGGAGUGA